AUGUCUUCUUCUGAAUUCGAUGCAGUCCAGGCCGAGAAAUCCGAUGCCAUGAGAAGAUACAGGAGUUGCAGAAUCUUUAGAUUCUGUCUUCUUCUAUCAGGAGCCUUCACUCUCUUUUUCUGCUUAUUCACAUGGUUUCCCUACGUCCAGAAGAUUGCCUCUGCUUAUCUCUCCGACUUCAACAGCCAGUUAUUCGUUUUCCUUCUCAUAAAUGCCCUGGUUUUCUUUAUCUACCAUUUAUCCAACGCCAGCGCCGCCGGAAAGAACGAUUCCGUGUCUCAUCGUCCUGAUAUUUACGAUCAAUACGUCUCCUCAUCCUCCUCUCGCCGGAAAAAAAUUGACGACGAGGAAAAACGGUUGGUAAUAGUGCCACCGGAGACGGUGGAGACCGUUCAACGCAACGAGAAUAUAUUCCACAAAACACAGAUAGUUAUUCGUUGUGAGAAUGCUGAUUGUGCUCUAGUGGAGGAGAAUCCAGUUGGCGACCUUGCUGUGAGUAUAGAAACUUAUAAGAUUGAUAGAGAAAAGAAAAAUUUCAGAAGAAUGCGAUCAGAGAAGUACUCAGUAGAGAAGAUAAAAAGAAGUGAUCGUCCGCGAGAGCUGAGGCGAUCGGAAACGGAGAACGGAAGGGAAAUGGUAGUCGGUGGUGGUCAUACUCCGACGAGAAAGUCGAUGCAGGAAAUGAACAAUGAAGAAUUUAGACUUACAAUUGAGAGUUUCAUUGCAAGUAAAAGGAAGAAUUUGAGGGAUCACAACUUGGCGGUCUUAAUGGAAGAAAGAAAGGAGUCAUUUACAGAAGUCACCAGCAUACAAAAUCGAAGAAAUUAA